AAAAAUUCUGCUUAAAUGCAUACGGAUAUUAUAAUUGGUGAUCAAUUUGCCGCCAACAACAACUAUUGGGUGAUGCAGUCGCCGGAACUGGAUUAUCGGCACGAGCUGAUGGGACGUCUGCACAAGAUCGAGCCGGCCGAUGUUGAGCUAGAAGUGCUCGCUGCUGCUGCUGCUGCGGCCAACAACAACAACAACAGCAACACCAAUAAUAAUAACAACAACAGCAGCAGCAGCCAAACGACCAAUAGCAACAACAAUUCAGCUGCACCACAUCAUCCGCAUCACCAUCAUCAGUUCCACCACCAUCACCUGCAUUCGCACCACCAUUCGCACACGCAUGCGCACCACCAUCAACAUCAUCAUCAGCACUUGCACCACAGUCUGCAGAGUGGCGAGAGUGGUGGCACCUUAGAUGCCUGGCCGCUCGCAGCAUCCAGCUAUGCCAGCGAUCAGUCCCAGCAGCAGCAGCAACAACAACAACUGCAACAGCAACAACAACAACAACCCGCCGGUUCACCCAAUUCCAAUUCGAAUUCUGCCUAUGGAUGUGCCCCGCUCUACGAUGAAGCGCCCUACGAUGUGGCACUGGGCUAUGGAGCGGGUGCCAGCAACGGUGUGGGGAAUCCAACAACAGGCAGCAGCGGCGAGAAGGAGUAUUUGUAUGAAACCAAAAACAAAGAGGCUCUCUUCAGCGAUCCAUUGGACGAUCCAUAUCAGCGACCCGCGCUCUGGGAUGAUAUUGCCACCUCAAUACAGAAUAUCGAUCCAGAGAAUGCGCUCAUGCUGAGCACCAGCACAGCUGCGAAUGGCAACGACAAUACAACUGCAGCAGCGGCGACACAGCAGCAGCAGCAACAGUUGUUGCCACAGGUCAAAAUGGAAGCAAUCGAUGAAACUCUGCUCGAAACUUUCUCGACACCAAUGCUCAGUCCCAUGGAGAUUAAAACUGAAAAACAGCAGCAGCAGCAACGACAACAUCAGCAGCAGCAGCAGCAAUACCACCAGCAGCAGCAGCAGCAACAACAGCAGCAGCAACACUAUCAGCAACAUUAUCAGCAACAGCAGCAACACUUGUACCAGCAUCAUCCCAGCCUCUCGCUGUCUGGGCUGCCACCCGCUGCAGAAGUUGUCGAGCUGCAGCUACAGCAGCAGCAGCAGCAGCAUCAGCGACAGCAUCAUCACAGUGGCAGCAACAGUCCAAAACAGCCAGCAGGCGACAACAGCAGCAACUCUGCCUCCUAUCAGCAACAAUACGCAUCUCAACUGAACAGCGGAUCAGGCGCAGCAUAUUUAAACAGUAGCAGCAACAGCAAUAGUGGAUCUACUGGUGGCACCACCAGCAGCGUUGUCGUCACCAGCAGCAAUACCAGCAGCAGUAGCACCAACAACAACAGCUAUGGCUACAGCUGGCACAGCAGUCAGACGUUUCACACCAAAUACCAAAUACACCCGCCAUCUGCAACAACAAACACUGCCACGCCCACAGCUCAACACCUGCUGCAGCACCAACAGCAGCAACAACAACAACAACAACAGCAACAGUUGCAGCAACAACAGCAGCAGCAACAGUUGCAGCUUUGUCCGCCCGCCGCGCCAAGCACCCCCUCCGCCACAUCGGGCUCCUCCUCCUCGUCGACGGGCUCUAACUCACAGCGUCACAUGUUCGUGCCACCGUUGACGCCACCCAGCUCAGAUCCCGGGAGUCCCGGCGCCUCCAUGGUGGCAGCUGCUGCUGCUGUCGCUCAGGCGGCGCAGAGACGCAGCACACCUCCGCCGCCCUAUCAGCAGCUCGUUGGCCUCUGUCCCAGUCUAGUGAAUCCGGCGCCGACGCUGCAACUACUGGGCGCUGCCACGCCUACCACCACGCUCACAACGCUUACGUCCGCUGGAGCAGCCUCUGGAACAGGAGCAGCAGCAGGUGUUGCAGUUCAGCAGCCGGCACCACCCCCACCGCCGCCGCCGAGCAGCGGACGACGUGGUCGCCAUGCGCAUCAUCAGCCGGGGACACCGGCGCACAUUGCGAGUCUGAUGAGCGUGCGAACUGUCCGCUACAAUCGGCGCAACAAUCCGGAGCUGGAGAAGCGUCGCAUCCAUCACUGUGAUUUUGUGGGUUGUUCCAAGGUGUAUACGAAGAGUUCGCAUUUGAAGGCACAUCAAAGGAUACACACGGGUGAAAAGCCCUACACCUGCCAAUGGCCCGAGUGCGAAUGGCGUUUUGCUCGCUCCGAUGAACUGACGCGACAUUAUCGCAAACACACCGGCGCCAAGCCCUUCAAGUGCAUCGUCUGUGAGAGGAGCUUUGCGAGGAGCGAUCACCUGGCACUCCACAUGAAGCGCCACCUACCGAAAAACAAGUGAGCAGAGAGAGAGAGAGAGAGAUCGAUCCCGAUCGGUGGCUACAAAAAUCAACUAUAUCACAAUCCAAAGGACUUUAGUUAAGCGUCAAAUGAAAUUCGUUUAGUAAAUGGUUACUACUACUACUACUACUACUACUAUAUUAUAAUAGUAUCCUGAAAACCUGAAUACUAAUUAGUAUAAUACAAUACAAUAUACAAUAUUCUAGAGCUUUCACUUACACUAAAUCCAGAGAGUGUGCGGCAUGAAAGUAAAGCUUUUUGUCUCAAAUUAUAACACAAAAGCUAUUUCAGCUAGCAUCGAUUUAUAGUUCAAAAGUUUAUCAGCAUUCUCCCUCUCACUAACUCUCGAUGUAAAUCGCGCGUAAAAUUAAGUAAAUGAAAUUUCCACCUGCUUAACUUAAUUUAAAUGCAAAACUAACUCUAAGCACACACUCCUAACUAACGAUAACUCGUAUAACUAACAUAUCCACAUCAUGAAUUAGAUCACUUUUGAGUUGUUAAUUUCAAGAGAAUCCCAUCGAUUCUCCUCAACUCUCAUUUUAGUCUAGUGAGAGUCCCGUGUAUUAAAGUGCAUAUAGUAGUAUAUAUUCAUAUUGAUCCUUGUAUACUUCAUCUAAAUCAAUGAUAAGUUGUAGGACAACAUUCUCGUAUUCGCCACGUGUCAUUAUUGUCGCCUAGUUUCUGUAUAGUUUCCCUUAGCCAUAAUAUAAUGUUAGUAUAUAUGUUAGUCUGUAAUUUAAUCUAUGUAUGACUAUGUAUGUAUGUAUAUGGUAGUUGAUACUACUUACGUAGCUAGCGUAUUAUGUUUGUAAGCUUAUGUAUGUGUCUCUAUAUCGUUUCUAAACACCAAAAAGUGCUGGCACAAAAUCAUCAAAUAAUAAAAUGUUUUUGAAAAACC